AUGGCCUUCACUCGGCGACCACGUCUACUUCCAAUAUGUCUACUUCUCUGCCUCGCUGCGACAGUCAAUGCCCUUCAUUUCUACCUCGACACCAACGAAAAACGAUGUUUCAUUGAAGAACUGCCAACUGACACUGUCGUAGAGGGGCAUUACAAGGCACUAGAGUGGUCCGAGAAGGAGCAGCAGUAUGUGGUCAAUCCCGAACUCGGGAUACUGGUGGAAGUAGACGAGAUAGAGUCGGGCCAUAACGUCGUACGCACACGAGGGCCAUCAGACAGCCGCUUCACCUUCACCUCACACGAAUCGGGCGACCACUCGAUCUGUCUCUCGAGCAACUACGGCAGCUCAUGGUUUUCCUCGACACACAUCCGCUUAUAUCUCGACAUCGUCGUGGGACACACAAAAGCCGACCCAGAGCACGACCGCUCACACGUGUCCGAGCUAUCCUCGAAGUUGCGCGAUCUUAAUAACAAGCUCGAGGACAUCCGCCGGGAGCAGCAGUACCAACGCGAGCGGGAGGCGAAUUUUCGCGACCUGAGCGAGUCGACGAAUACGAGGGCGGUGUGGUACAGUAUUGCGCAGAUCAUAGUACUGGUGGCGACGUGUGCGUGGCAGUUGAGGCAUCUGAAGAGGUUCUUCGAGGAUAGGAAGUAG